AUGGCAAAUAUAAUGCUCUCUCUCAAAACAGCGGUGAUAUCAACCGGAAUCAUAUCGUUAGCCGUUUUGUUUAAAGUUUCAGCUCCGUUCGUGACGGAGGUUGUAACGUCUGGUAUUCCUUCAACUUACGGUUUAAUACUUUCUUUUCUUCGGCCUCCGUACCUUUACCUUCUUAUCAACUGCAUCAUCAUCACCAUCGUCGCUUCUUCCAAGCUCCAGAGGCGGAAACCCGAGUCUUCUCAACCCAAUCCUUUACCGGAUAUAGUUUCUCCGGCGUUCAAGGUUUCGAGUGAAGUUUUUAGUAAUGAGUUCAGUUAUGGAAACGCUGCAGCAAGAAUCUUGGUGGAGAAGGAUUCGGAGGCGGCGGAGGAGAUCUAUGGAGCUUGUGAGUUUGUUGGAGGGGGAUCGGCUGAGAAGCCGCCGCUGGUGAAAAGAUUCGGUCAGCGGAAAGCUGUGAAAGCGGCGCCGGAAGGUAAAGCUUUGAGAGUGUCAAAGCCAAAACGGCACGAUACAUUGGAGUCGACGUGGAAGACGAUAACGGAGGGCCGUCCGAUGCCAUUAACACGUCACCUGAAGAAAUUCGACACGUGGGAACGUGCUCAAAAGGACUUCAAUACCCCUCCCCCUCCUCUCCCCAACGCCAUGAAGAAAUCCGAUACCUUCAACGAACACACCAAGGAACCGCCACUGACUCGAUCUUCUGUAUCGGGAAAACUCAAGAGAGACCCCUCGCUGAGUCAAGACGAGUUGAACCGCCGAGUGGAAGCGUUCAUUAAGAAGUUCAACGACGAAAUGAGGUUGCAGAGGCAGGAGUCUCUUAAUCAGUGUCAGGAAAUGCUUAGCAGAGGGGCACAGUAGAGAAUUCAGUACUCUCUCGAGGGUUAAAAAGUAAAAUUACCUUUUUUCCAGUGAGGUAUAUAACUCCUGCUUUGUAAAAAUAUUUCCUCCUCCAUUGGAAUUCCUUGAUUUUGUAUAACGGCUAGAGCAUGGCAUAUGCAGAUAUAGAAUACACAUGGAUAUCCAUUUUGCA